UCUUUAUUCCCAGGUCUGAAAGCCCGGCGUUUCUAGGACAACGACUCACAAACAAAUGAGUGUGGUGUUUGGCGUUUCCCAUUUUGUUUAGUUAGAAACAAAAGCAUUUAUAUCGCAAAGUCGACGGGCCUGAUCCACAACCUCCAGUACACCUGAAGAAUGUCUUUCAUGAGCCAGCAGCGCAACAUCUCUCACAGCCGCCAACAGAAGAUGAUGCUGGAGUCCCGCAAACAGGAGGAAAUGCGUGAGAAUCAAACCAAACGCAUCGCCAGAGACAAGCAGCUGCAAGCCAACAUCCAGUGCGAAGACAGAGUCGAGAAAAAGCGCUUCCUGCGCAAAAUGCAAGAUGAAGAGUAUGGCCAACAAAUCCAGGAAUCAAUUCUCAAGGCAGAAGAGGACCGACAGUUCAGAGAGAGGCAGCUUGAACAGGAAGAGAGGAUGGCCAAGGAGCUAGCCAGAAUUAAUAAUGAGAAACUCCGAGAUGAGAAGAUGAGGCAGUACAUUAAAGAGAACAGCGUUGAGCUUCGAGAGCUAGAGUUAAAGCUCAAGUCUGCCUACAUGAACAGAGAGCGGGCAGCACAGGUGGCAGAGAAGGAAGCCGUGCGAUAUGAGACAGUGCGACAAGAGGCUGCUGUUGCCCGUAAGAUGAAGGACGAGCAUGAGCUUGCAGAGAUGGAGAAGGAGAAGCAGGAGCAGAAGAAGUAUGAGGAGGUUGUGCUCUACCAGCAAGAACUUGAGCGGCAGCUUGAGGAGAAGGAGCGCAAGAGACAGGAAGCCUAUGAGGAGUUUCUUAAAGAGAAACUCAUGGUGGACGAAAUAGUGCGGAAGAUCUAUGAGGAAGAUCAGAGGGAGCUUCAGUUACGACUUGAGAAAGUAGUGGCCACUCAGAGAUACAUUGAAGAUUUUAAAAAGCAGCAAGCGGAGUGGAGACAUUUAGAGCGAGAAAAGGUGGAGGCGGAGAACAGGCGCAUCAUUGAGUUUGCCCACUACCAGCAGAGGAAGGAGGAGGACAGGAUGGCCAAAGUUAGAGAGCGAGAGCAGGCGAAAGAAAACCUGCACAAAAUGCUCUCUGAGCAGAUCGAGAUGGAGAAAAGAGAGCGUGAGAAGAUGGAGCGUGUCCGUGAGGAACUUCACUUGGAAGAGCAGGCCGAGGCUGCAAGACGACAGGAAAUUGAAGAGAUGGAGAAGAGGAUCCGGCAGCGGCUAGAGCUGCAGAAGACGUGUCAGGAGAUGAUGGCCUUCAAGCAGUUGCGCAUACAAGCUGAGAAAGAGGAAGAGAAGGCCUUUAGACAGAUGAUGAUGGCCAAGUUUGCAGAGGAUGACCGCAUUGAGCAGAUGAAUGCCCAGAAGCGCCGUAUGAAACAGUUGGAACACAAACGGGCUGUGGAGAAGCUACUGGAAGAAAGGAGACAGCAGUAUCUGGCUGAACAAGUGAGGGAGGAAGAGGAGCGAGCUAUGGAGAAGGAGAGAGAGGCUCAGCGGCGAAAGAUCAUUGAAGAGGAGAGACAGAGGCUCCUAAAACAGCAUGCAACGAAACUGCUGGGAUACCUACCAAAGGGUAUUUUCAAAGAAGAUGACCUGGAGCACUUUGAUGAGGAUUUCAAAAACAAUUUCAAACAACGACAGGCUGAUAUUUUCUCAGAUGAGGGUUGGGGAGAUGAUUCGCAGUAGGGUAAUUCCUGGCAUGACCACCACGUGGCACUGUUUUUAAAGCCAAUCUGGUAUGCUUAACAGUGCAUUAUCAACUGUUAGGUGCAUCUGCCACUUCCACAAACUAUUGAACAAAUUUCAUACAUGACACAUAUUUACCUUUAUCUUGAAUAAAUUUAUACAGUAUAUUCAAACUAACUGAAUAGUGUGUUACUUUGUAUAUGUAAAUAGUAUAAUGUCAAACUUUAUUAGGCUAAUGAGUUUGGUUAAAAUCUCCUGUAAUGAAUUUGUCACGUUAUGUAACCAUUUAGUGUGCCUACUGGGUAAUACAUUGUUUUUCCCUCUUCCCUGAACUGAUAAAGUUAAAUUUCACUUUUUUGUAGAAUGAAUUCAAGGGAGGAAUUCUAAAUGAAUUCACCAGAUGUUCACCAUUUGUAGACUAGACUUGGUUAGCAUUCCUCACGCAAGCAUUUCCUUUCCUCUGAGUGAUUUCAUUGCUUCCUAAGAAAGAACUGGAUAUGGUUGAUGGUUGGCAGGCAGUAUAUCAAACGAGCAAGAAUUUAAUCAAAUGUGACUGCUCAUGUACAGUCAAGUCUGUCAGUGUCUCUACAGCUGUCAGUCAUUCUGUUCGGUUAGUUAGUCCAUUACAUUGGUCUGGCUGCUUUCAUGGCCGUACAAUUCUUCUGUUUAAGUGUUGACUGCUAUAUAUACCUGCACUAUGGAAAUGUCAAGCCUCUGUUGUAACUGCUAUUAUGAAAUUGUAAGACACAUGCUAAAAUGCAAUACAUUUCAAAGCAAUCAUAUAAUGAAUUUAAUUGAAAAUUUCAAUAAAUUGAUCCCCCAAACUUUAAUGCAAUAUCACCAUCCAUUAGCAAUAGAAGUUCAUUUUCAAUUCUAAACCUGGCAAAUUCAGUUUUAUUAGAUCACCACAUACUCUUCUCACAACACUGAUAAUAAAAGCUCCUUUGCUCGCUGCAUAAUG